AUGUGCUCGACUUUUGUCGUGCCGCCUCCCUUCAAACCCUCGACGCGGCCGCCGCCAUCAGCAUACGAGUUAGGGAGCUCAACUAAAGCUCUCAUCGAUUUGCCUCACCAAAGCCGUUGCAUCUCUGGUGCCCAAUCGCCAUCGAUUCCAGACAAUAUAAACGAUUACUUUCAAGGCACCUCUUCUGAACCAGGGGAGUUUGAGUUGCCAUCGUUCAAAGAUGGCUUUGAGCUAGACACGUCCAUGUUCGCCAGUGAUGAAACACGGCGCUCUACCACGGAACAGGUUUCAACUCCGCCGUGUGACGUGACCGCACCGGCACCCGAUAGCAAAGCACUCAAGCAAGCUCUUAUCGGAAGGGGCAAGAAGCAUUCGGUGAUAGAGAAGCCAAGGUCAUGGCUUAUCACCGGGAGCAAGUCCAACAAGGAAUCGUCCUCGCCCAAUUGCUCCGACGAUGGCUCCAUCAACAGAGGCAAAGAACUGUCCAAGGGCCAGCCAUCAACCAUCCAAAUGGAACGAGGCCGAUCCGGCACGGAUAGCUUCGCCAGCUUUGCACGGCGCUCGUGGAUGUCGCGCUCUUCCCGGUCACCCUCGUCUCGAAACACGGCAAGCCCAUCGACAGACCAGGCACCAUCCGGGCUCGAAGGGCUGUUUCGAACAUCCUCUGUCAAGAUAGCCAAGGCACCGCACCGGCUGCAGGUGGUCACGAACAAGGACCAGGUAGGAGAAACGACGCGGAGGGAAUCACUCCGAUCGACUCAGAAACCUCUGGCUCUGGCUACGUCGUACCUGUCCAAGUUGAAGCCGAAGCAGCAACAAUCACUUUUUGCGCGAGAUGGCGCCGACUCUGAACACAGCUACGACUCGUCUGCUACCAGUCUCAUUCGAACUUCGAACAGUAUUCGGACGAGCGCAUCUCGGUCCAUCAGCAGCGAUGGCAACACCAACACCCCGACCACGGACGAAUCCUGCAACGAAUCGACGCCAAAGCCGCGUGAUCCCUUGUGGUCCAGCUUCAAGAUGCUUGAUUUGGAGGUGAAGAACUUCAUGUCUAGCAAGCAAACUGGCCAGCGAGUUGCUCAAGUGCAAUCCAUGUUGCUGCCCUUCCUGCGCACAACCCGAGAUCACCCAUCCACCAAGACCAUGGCCCUUGACGAUGUGGAACGCAGAGCAAUCAUACUCAACAAGUGGUGGACCUUGCUUCUCGACAUGCUCCAAGGACCGUUGCAACAGCCGAUCCCGGGCAUGGACCGCCCCAUGCUCCUUGAAGCGGCGACGAUGCUCAUGAUGCGACCAGAAUGGAGACGGUCCGCCUCGUUUCUGCAACCGUUGGCUGAGCGAUUGCCCUCUGAACGAGUUCGUCCAAGGUCUGGCACCAGCGCCUCGGGGUCGACCACUGACAGCUUCUUACUUGCCGAGUCGGCGGAGCACAACGUCAAGACCAUGUUUGUGGCCAACCUGGUGAAGCAGAUGGCCUAUGUGGUGGAAAAGAUGUCGCUGCGCCACGCACCGCUUAGUCUGGUCAAUUUUUCGGGGAAAACAUGUGCGUAUGCCUUCUUCUUUGCACCUGGAGUCUGUGAUGUUCUGGUCCGGCUCUGGGGGCUCACACCUGACCUCAUCAGACGAUCUGGAUGCGAACUUGGGCUUCCACGCAAGGACAAGGGCGAGAGUGAUGACAUGGUCGCUUUGUUUCCCCCCAAGCUGGGGGGUUUCGGCUGGUCCUCACCCAGAGCUGUGUGGGAUUCGCUGAAGCCGGUCCCCAAAAUGCCGUUGACUGUGGCGAGAAUACCGUGGACCGGACCUUGGGUUACGCGGUGGAAGGGACGGGACACGGACCUGUUCUUCAUCUUCUGCAAAUACUUUCAUAUUCUCGCAGACCAGUUCAUGCCUCCAGGCUUACCCCUUUCCGAAAAGGCCAGGUCGCCAGCCUUCGCACUGGUUCACGCCCAGCUUCUUUCGAUAUUUGAUGCAACCAUUCAUCGGCAGUCUUCUGCAGUGGACCACUCGCUUGCAGCGCCGUUUAUCGAUUCUGUCAACGGGCCCGACGCCCCCGCUGCGCUGACUCUGCCCUUGCCGGCCAACAACAAUGCCAUGAAAGGCAUGAGCGAGAACAGGCUCAUCAUCUUGCUCAAGGAUUUCCUGCUGGAUGAUGCUGCCGAACUGGCCAGCGCCAGGCACACAUUUGCCGAGGCCUUUGCGGCUCUGACAAAAGCCGCGACUCGAAAGACAUCGCUGUACAACAGUGCGGCAUGUUUCGCUCUGUGCGACUUUCUUGAAGAGGUGCUCAUGACCUAUCACGGCUUCGAAUCGGGCUCGAUAAGCUAUGUGGACUGGCCCUUCUGGAUCGAGGUUUGCAAAAGAAUGUCGAGCUCUAUGAAUACCAUAACGGAAGUCCGCAUGCUGUCAUUCAUCUUCACCAUAUGGGACGCGAUUGCCAAGGACUCGCGCAGAAAGGCCAAUGUCUGCUUGGAGUGGCUGCUUUCGGAGGAAACGUUCAACAGCUUCUUCAACAACUGGUGCCCCAUGGUUCGAGCCUACUACCAGCGCCUGAUUUGCUGGAGAAUGUGCCGAUACACUGGAGGCUCGAGCGAAGUCGACAUGAGCAUCUACCUUGCUGCAGCCGCAAGGCUCGAUACUAGCUGGGCUCACUACCUCUACCUGAAGCAGGAUGCCGACGAAAAGGGCCGCACACCGCCAUCCACCGCGCCAAUGUCCCCUGCCAUGGGCAAGAAAUUCAUCAUCAUCCGUCAGGAGGCCUCGGCGUUGCAAAAGGGGCUCUUUAUGGGGUUUGACACGUUUGCGAGGUCGGCAACCCGUCUUACGCUAGCUGGCAGUGAGACUGCUCCGGACACAAGAGGGCCUGCACGGCCCGACGCGAGAAAGCGAUGGUCUUUGCUGGGUAAAAUGUUCACCACCAUGGGCUCUAGCAGCAGCCCGGAGAGCGCUUCUGGCGGGUUGCCCAGGAGUCUUAGCGACAGUGCUGUGCAUCGUCGGGAGCUGGGAGAGCCGGCGCCUCUCGUCGCCGGGUCGCGACAGCAGCUUUCGGGCGCGAGCAAGAACAAGACGAAGACGGCCCCGUCAGAAGACGGUUCGUUGGGUUCAUCGCCAGUGUAUGACGAGCAAAGGUACAUAUUCAAGUUCAUUUUGGGCUGGCAGCAGAAUCCAGGCCUCGCUCGGGAGCGCGUCCUCAGCAGACCGCGGCUGCCCGUUCCAACGCAAGCUCGGGUUACCGCCCAAAGUCGGCCCCACGGGACAUGGCUCGUCGCCCCUUGUUCGCCUUCAUCCCAAUCCCCGGCACAAUCACCGCCCCAGACUCCGAGGCCACUUCUUCUCCAAAACGGAGACGACGUUAAUCUGACGGCGUCGGUCGAGGAGUGGCUGCGCAACACGCCAACAAGCAGUGCGUCCUUUGAAGGCGCGGACGAUAAGCACGGCAAAGUAGGCGAAAAUCGCAGCGACAUGGUUGACGGCCUGCACACGUCGACGCAGUCUCUGACGGCAGUUAAUGUCGAAGGCACGGUGGACAAGGUCAUAAAGCCGACCAAACCAGCCGGGAUUUUCGCCAAGAAUUUGGUGUACUGCGGCAGCGCUCUUGCGGAAUGGUCGCAAGUGGUUUCCGAAUGCAACAUCUUCACCGAGAGACGCCAAGACGACGGCGUCGAGCGCCUGUGCGAUGUCGAGGUUCCAAUCCUAGGUGUGGAGGGGUUUCGGAAACUGGGCGUCUAA